ACUAACCAGGAGGUCAGAUGACUUCCCGGGAUCAAAGUCAGCUUCCUCUUGCUGUUACUCGGACCACUGAUCUGCAGACAUUUUCUUCUUCUUCUAACUUCCCCUCCUGUGACUGGGGACAUAAAUAUUAGAGAAACAAAAGCCCAGAAUGCUAAGGUUGCCUUUCUCACUUCCUCUUGCCUCGGAACGCAGCGUUGCUUUGAAUACAGUCAUUGUCCUAGGGCACUGAGCAGGGGAGAGAAAGCGGCAGUACCCCGGAGGCCACACCAGCAGGCGGAUACAGCGUGUCAUGUUUCACCGAGCCAUUUGUGGACACAGAAAAUGCCAGAAUGAUGCCUCCUACCCGCCUGGCUGGGACUCUGAUCCCAGCCAUGGCCUUCCUCUCCUGCCUGAGACCUGAGAGCUGGGACCCUUGUGUGGAGGUGGUUCCUAACAUUACUUACCAAUGCAUGGACCUGAAUCUUCACAAAAUCCCCGACAACAUCCCCUCAUCAACCAAGGACCUGGACAUGAGCUUUAACCCCCUGAGAAAUUUAGGCAGCCAUAGUUUCUCCAAGUUCCCAGAACUGCAGGUGCUGGAUUUAUCCAGGUGUGAAAUUCAAAUAAUUGAAGAUGAUGCAUAUCAGGGCCUAAACCACCUCUCCAUCUUGAUAUUGACAGGAAAUCCUAUCCAGAGGUUAUUCCCAGGAGCUUUUUCUGGACUAUCAAGUUUACAGACGCUGGUGGUUGUGGAGACAAAUAUAGCAUCUCUAGAGGACUUCCCCAUUGGACAUCUCAAAACGUUGAAGGAGCUUAAUGUGGCUCACAAUCUUAUCCAUUCCUUCAAAUUACCUGAAUAUUUAUCUAACAUGCCCAACCUUGAGUAUUUGGAUCUUUCCAAUAACAAGAUCCAAAAUAUUUAUCAUAAAGACUUACAGGUUCUACGUCAAAAGCCUCUACUCAACCUUUCUUUAGACUUGUCCCUAAACCCUUUAGACUUUAUCCAACCAGGUGCCUUUAAAGAAAUUAAGCUCCAUGAACUGAUUUUGAGAAGUAAUUUUAAUAGUACAGAUGUAAUGAAAGCUUCUAUUCAAGGUCUGGCAGGUUUACAGAUCCAUCAGUUGGUUCUGGGAGAAUUUAAAAAUGAAAGGAACUUGGAAAGAUUUGACAAAUCUAUCCUGGAGGGACUGUGCAAUUUGAUCAUAGAAAAAUUCCGGAUAGCAUACUUUCACAAGUUCUCAGAGGAUGCUACUGACUCAUUUAAUUGUUUGGCAAACGUUUCUACCAUUUCUCUGGUGCAUCUGUAUUUCAACGGGUUAAAACAGCUCCCUAAAAAUCUCGGAUGGCAACGGUUAGAAUUGGUUAACUGUGAAUUUGAACAAUUUCCCACAUGGAAGCUGGACUCUCUCAAGGAGCUUGUUUUCUCUGCCAACAAAGUUGGGAACACUUUUACUCAGGUUAAGUUGGAAAGCCUUGAGUUUCUAGAUCUCAGUAGAAAUGACUUUAGUUUCAAGAGUUGCUGUUCUGAGAGAGAUUUGGGGACAACCAGACUGAAGCAUUUAGAUCUAAGCUUCAACAAUAUUAUUACCAUGAGUUCAAACUUCUUGGGCUUAGAACAGUUAGAAUAUCUAGACUUCCAGCAUUCCAGUUUGAAACAGGUCAGUGAUUUUUCAGUAUUCCUACCCCUCAAAAACCUCCGUUACCUUGAUAUUUCUUACACUCACACCCAAGUUGCCUUCCAUGGCAUCUUCAAUGGCUUGAUCAGCCUCCAAAUCUUAAAAAUGGCUGGCAAUUCUUUCCAGGACAACUUCCUUCCAAAUAUUUUCAUGGAGCUGACUAACUUGACCAUUCUAGACCUCUCUGAUUGUCAGCUGGAACAGGUGUCCCAAGUGGCAUUUAACUCACUCCCUAAACUUCAGUUGCUAAAUAUGAGUCACAAUCACCUCUUAUCAUUGGAUACACUUCCUUAUGAACCUCUUCACUCCCUCCAGACUCUGGACUGCAGUUUUAAUCGUAUAGUGGCCUCUAAGGAACAAGAACUACGGCAUUUUCCAAGUAAUCUAUCUUCCUUAAAUCUUACUCGGAAUGAUUUUGCUUGUGUUUGUGAACACCAGAGUUUCCUGCAGUGGGUCAAGGACCAGAGGCAGCUCUUGGUGGAAGUUGAACAGAUGGUGUGUGCAAAACCUUUGGACAUGCAGGGCAUGCCCAUGCUGAAUUUUAGGAAUGCUACCUGUCAGGUGAGAAAGACCAUCAUUACUGUGUCGGUUUUCACUGUACUCUUGGUUUCUCUGGUGGUGGUUCUGGUGUAUAAGUUCUAUUUCCACCUGAUGCUUCUUGCUGGCUGUAAAAAGUAUAGCAGAGGUGAAAGCACCUAUGACGCCUUCGUUAUCUACUCAAGCCAGGAUGAAGAUUGGGUGAGGAAUGAAUUGGUAAAGAACUUGGAGGAGGGGGUGCCCCCUUUUCAGCUCUGCCUUCACUACAGAGACUUUAUUCCUGGUGUGGCCAUUGCCGCCAACAUCAUCCAGGAAGGUUUCCAUAAAAGCCGGAAGGUUAUCGUCGUGGUGUCCCAGCACUUUAUCCAGAGUCGAUGGUGCAUCUUUGAGUAUGAGAUUGCCCAGACUUGGCAGUUUCUGAGCAGCCGUGCCGGCAUCAUCUUCAUCGUCCUGCAGAAGUUGGAGAAGUCCCUGCUGCGGCAGCAGGUGGAGCUGUAUCGCCUUCUCAACAGGAACACCUACCUGGAGUGGGAGGACAGUGUCCUGGGGAGGCACAUCUUCUGGAGACGACUCAGAAAAGCCUUGCUGGAUGGUAAACCACGCAGUCCAGAAGGAAUGGCAGAUGCAGAAGGCAGCUAGCGUGGAAGAGUAACCUCUGCCUGAGGAGGAAACACUCCUGCAGUGCUUCUUGCCCAGCUUGACCCAGUACCUUCGUUCACUAAAUGAGAAUUAAAUGUUGUGACAUACCUGGCGCUGUGCCAAGGGCAGAUGAUUCAGUGGUGCCCGAGGAACCCAGGACUGCUGACCUCAUGGGGUUUACAGUGCAGGGGGAGUAAGUACUGUGCUAAAUUACAGAAUCUCCAGGUGGAUGUUUCAACCAAAUCAGCUAAGGAGUCCAUGGCAGGGAAAGUCAACUCAACACUUACCCCAUCAAACUGAAUUAGACCUAAGACCCUGGGCCCUAGUGAAAUCAGAAGAAGGUAUAGUUCUUCACCUGAGUCUUCUGGAUGGAAACUACCUCAUGUUUUACAUUUUAGCCAGCUUAAAUUUAACUGAAUGAGGUCUUUACUCACUUUUCCCUUUUCUAUUGAAUGCAAUUUAAAUUCCACUUGAUAACUCAGAAGGCUCCUGAUUGAGACCACCUCCCCUCCAAUUUCAACCUGUUUCCUUACAUAGGCUAAAGUCUGUAACUAAUUCCGAAGGAAAUCUGAGUAAUACAUAUCCACAAACAUCCUGGUCUUUCUUUUGUAUGUUCUAAAUAUUAACUAACUGUGCCUGAUAUAUUUUUGUUUUUAUAAAUCUAGUUCUCAUUUUUCAUGUCUUCUCUAUAAACUCUUACCAUAAAUAAGGCUUUUAGAGACAUGCUAGAAAUUUCCAUAUUUAAGCACUAUCAUUCAAGAAAAUAUGUGAAAUUCACUCCA